AUGAAGGAGGGUUGGGAAGUAAAUGUGGUGAGUUGUCUGAAGCUACCCUGGAAAAUACUAUCGCCAAACUCUCUAUGGGUUAACUGGGUAAAAGCUUAUCUUAUCAGGAAGGGUUCACUAUGGAUGUUGAAAGAUAAUACACAAGCGGGCUCUUGGAUGUGGAGAAAAGUUCUUAAAUACAGAGAGAUUGCAAAGAGUUUCUAUAAAGUAGAGGUGAGAAAUGGAGACAAAACUUCCUUUUGGUAUGAGACAUGGUCGUCUUUGGGUUGUCUACAAGAUGGAGGUUGUAUUGUCAUUGGUAUACUGAUAAAUGCAACUGUGGCAGAGUGUAGAAGUCAUAGGAGAAGGCAGCAUCGAGAUCUUAUGCUUAACAAAGUGGAAGAAGAGAUUGAAAAAUAUAAGGCAAAUCUGGUUGAUGAGGAGGAUAUGUCGUUGUGGAGAAAUGAGAAAGGGCGGUAUAAGAGGAGAUUCUCUACUCGGGGGACGUGGUUAUGCAUAAGAGAGAGGUAUCUUGAGUGUCAUUGGCACAAAGUCAUAUGA